AGGACUUUUCCCUCAUAUCUUCAACUUGGCCACAAGAGGGCGAAUAUCUGUGAAUGCAACAUGCGGGGACCGAGGCCCUGAGACAUACUGCAAGCUGGUAGAGCAUGUGCCCAACGAGUCAGAAGACUACCCACAAUGCCGUGUGUGCAAUUCUAGGAGCUUUUCCAAAGCCGAUCGGCACCCUAUAUGGAAUGCAAUAGAUGGGACUGAGAGUUGGUGGCAGAGUCCGAGUAUAGCAAACGGGAUGCAAUACCACUGGGUUACCAUCACGCUAGACCUUGGACAGAUUUACCAAGUAGCAUAUGUAAUCGUAAAAGCAGCCAAUUCACCGCGGCCUGGGAACUGGAUCCUGGAACGCUCUUUAGACGGGGAAAUGUACAAGCCCUGGCAGUACUUUGCUAUUUCAGACAGCGAGUGCGUGAAAGAGUAUGGGAUUGUUCCUUCGCGGGAUAUGCACCGCUUCUCGCGGGAUGAUGAGGUCACGUGUACAUCGUUGUACUCCAAACUGGAGCCUCUAGAGAACGGCGAGAUACACACAUCAAUCGUCAAUGGGAGACCUACUGCUGCAAAUCCAAGCCAGGUUUUAAUAGAAUUUACAUCAGCUCGUUUCAUUAGACUUCGCCUUCAACAGAUCCGGACGUUACACGCCGACCUUAUGACCUUUAACAGCCGUGGUAUACGAUAUGUCGAUCCUAUAGUAUCAAGGAGGUACUAUUAUUCAAUCAAGGACAUAUCAGUGGGAGGUCAGUGUAUAUGUUUUGGUCAUGCUGAGCAAUGUAUAUUAAAUGCUUUUGCUGGACCAAAUGAUCUGGCAUUGAAAUGUAUAUGUGAACAUAACACCUGCGGUGAUCAGUGUAACCAAUGCUGCAGGGGUUUUCAGCAAUUUCCAUGGCGACCGGGCAACGCCGACUUUGGCAAUAGUUGCAGACCAUGUAAUUGUCAUGGACAUGCCGAUGACUGUUACUACGAUAACAUGGUCGAUGCCCAGAGCCUAAGCAUCGACGAGAAUGGGAAUUACAAUGGAGGAGGAGUUUGUGUAGGUUGCCGUGACAACACAGAUGGACUCAACUGCCAGACAUGCCGAGAUGGCUUCUACCGCCCUCUUGGGGUCGAGCCUACCAAUCCUUCACCAUGUAGAGCGUGCAUAUGCAGCCGUGUUGGUACAGAUCCAGAGUCUAACUAUAACUGUGUCAAGGAUGAGAGGAGCCAGAGUAACAUGAAUCCAGGAGACUGCUUCUGUACGGAGGGUUACGCUGGCCCGAGCUGUGACAGGUGCGCCCGUGGAUACCGUGGGUACCCGGACUGUGAGAAGUGCGAGUGCAGUGAUGCUGGUAGCUCUAACGUGGAUCCUUGUGAAGGGCCAUGCGAAUGCAAGCCCAAUGUAGAAGGAUCUAAUUGUGAUACUUGUAAGAGAGGAUUCUUCAACCUUGUUGGUGAUAACCCUGAUGGCUGUGGACAGUGCUACUGUUUUGGUAUCACCACUGAGUGUACUAGUGUUCCAUGGGGAAUUGAACAGGUAACCACACUCUCUGGUUGGUUUGUGACUAACCUAGAACGUUCAGCCUACGCAUUCCCUGAUACCACCGGUACUGACAUGCUAGCAAUCAACCAUUACAAGGCAUUAGAAGACCUGGGCAAUACUGGCUACUAUUGGUUUGCUUCCACGGAAUAUCUCGGCAACAAGCUUUCAUCCCAUGGAGGCUACCUAACAUUCACAGUGAGUUAUAGCAUACAGAGAGGAGAUAUCUACCAACAACCAACCAGGGAUGCGGAUGUCGUCAUAGAGGGUGACCGUCUCCUGCUCUACCAGAGCUUCCUGUACCUUCAGCCGGAAGAAGAACGGACAGCGAGGAUCCAGAUGGCUGCGGGGAACUGGUUUGUCAUGACCUCGGACGUUGACCUCUCAACCGGGGUCAUGGGUCGAAGGGCGACCUCGGAAGAGUUCAUGAGGGUGCUGGCUGAUGUGAGGAUGCUCCUGAUAAGGGCCUCGUAUAACACAAGGCCAAGAGAAUCAAGGUUGAAGAAUGUUAUUCUUGAGCAAGUUGAUAGGACAGCAGUAUCACCAGCAAUCCUAGCCAGUGUAGAGCAGUGUGAAUGUCCACCAACAUAUGAGGGCCUAUCAUGUGAGUCUUGUGAAUAUGGCUACCGACGUGUCAACAACGCCCUCUAUGGUGGGAUAUGUGAAAGGUGUGACUGUAACAACCACUCACCAGAAUGUGAUGCCUACACGGGAGAGUGCUCACAAUGUGAUCACAACACAUACGGACCUCAUUGUGAAUAUUGUUUAAAUGGUUUCUAUGGAGAUGCAACAUCCGGUCAAGCUGAUGCCUGCCAACCCUGCGCCUGUCCAUUAAUGGAACAGGGAUCAAGCUUUAGUGCCACCUGUGUAGCUGACGAUCGAUAUGGGUUUGUGUGUGAUCAGUGUGUAACAGGCCAUGGAGGACCACGAUGUGACAAAUGUGUUGAUGGUUUCUAUGGUGAUCCAAUGAUGACGGGCAUGGCUUGCAAGCCCUGCUCUCUGAACUGUAACAGUAAUCUGAAUACAUCUUCACCAGGCAGCUGUGAUACCAUCACCGGGGCAUGUCUCGUAUGUAGGGAAGGUACUGCUGGAGAUAACUGCGAGAAGUGCGCCCUCGGAUAUUAUGGAGACGCAUUGCAAAGGACGUGCCAAGCUUGCCAAUGUCACGAGGCAGGUUCCAUCAACCCACAGUGUGACGAGGUCAGCGGGUCAUGUCAGUGCAGGUCAAAUGUCACAGGUCGGCAAUGUGACACCUGUUCGCCUGGAUAUUUCAACCUCAGCAGUGAGGGUUGUCAAUCAUGUGACUGCCAUCCUACUGGUUCAUUGGACGAUAUCUGUGAUGUCAUGACAGGACAAUGCCGAUGCAAGCUUGGGGUAUCUGGUCGACGUUGUGACCAGUGUAUGGCUGGUUUCUGGAAUUUUGGUGAAAAUGGUUGCCAGUCCUGUGAGUGUGAACAGUCCGGUGGUCUUUGUGAUCCUCUGACAGGUCAGUGUGGUUGUCCAGCCAACGUCAUUGGUCAGCGGUGCGACUCCUGUGCCCCUGGGACAUGGGGAUACAACUCCAUGUUUGGUUGUAAGCCAUGCAACUGCAGUGAUAUUGGAUCAUCAAGUCAGCAAUGUGAUCUGACAACAGGAGAAUGCAGGUGCUAUAAAAGCUAUGAGGGGAGACAGUGCCAGUCCUGUGGAUUCGGUUACUAUGGCUACCCUAAGUGCCGUAAGUGUCGGUGCAGUAGGAGAGGACGGGAUCCAUCUACGUGUAGGGGUGACCUCUGUGAUUGUAACGAGGAUGGUAGCUGUGUCUGUAAGGCUAACAUCCAAGGAAAGAAAUGCAGCAAGUGUUUGAAGGGUAGCUUCAGUCUUCAGCCCAAGCUACCUACAGGAUGUACCAGCUGCUUCUGCUUCGGGAUCACAGAUAAAUGCUCUCAGGCUGACUAUAUAUCAAGGAGGAUUGAUAUGAUAGAAGAAGAUGCUAGUCAGCUGUUUGUGAGUGAUGCUAACAGAUUGCGUACAACACAGACCGGUGUUACUCACUACUCAGCUGGUGGGGGUGUUAACGUCACUGCUGCACGCAUGGCUCUCGGGACCAGAGAUGUGUACUGGAACCUCCCCCGAGUGUUUCUUGGCAACAAGGUCACUGCCUAUGGAGGAAUGAUCAAAUACAAGAUAGACUACAUGGAACCAAAGAGCACCGAUGGGUGGUCUGAAGCUAGACCUUAUCUACCUCAUAUCAUGCUUGUAGGAGACACCCACUCUCUUGUCAUUCCUGUCUCAAAUCUCAACGGAAAAUCUAGACCAAAACUUGAGCUCUAUGAGCACAAUUUUCUCCACCAAGGUACCGGCAUUGCUCCUACCAGGGAAGAAUUCAUGAUGGUUCUUCAGGAUCUUAAAUCUAUUCUUCUUCCUGCUUCUCAGACCUACCAAACACUCUCAUCUAGGAUUUCCAGUGUCUACAUGGAAGUAGGAGGACCCAGAGGCAAUGAUACAACUAGCCUUUCUGUACUAGGGAUAGAGCAAUGUAAAUGCCCUAAAGGAUAUCGGGGCACAUCUUGUGAGGAGUGUAUGCCAGGCUAUGUGAGGGUACAAGAAGGUCCAUACCUAGGUAGAUGUGAACUGUGCACCUGUCAUAAACAUUCUGAUGUCUGCAAUGAUGGCAAUGGCAAGUGCAAGGAUUGCCAACACAAUACAACCGGGUCAAGAUGUCAUCUUUGUGCACCUGGUUUCUAUGGCGAUGCUACCAGAGGAAAGAGCAAUGAUUGUCAGCUGUGUGGAUGCCCUCUUAAUAUAUUAUCUAACAAUUUCAGCCCCUUGUGUGAGUCUGCAUCUGAUGGCGGUUAUAUCUGUACAGCAUGCCCUCGCGGUUACAGUGGUAGAUACUGUGAAAGAUGUGCUCUUGGUUAUUAUGGCAACCCUUUUGUCCCAGGAGGAAGCUGCCUCCCCUGUGGCUGCAAUGAAUAUGGCUCAAACUCUACAGCGUGUAAUAGCACCACUGGACAGUGCCAUUGCAUUCCGGGGGUGACAGGACGUAGCUGUGAUGAGUGCAGCCCGAGGCAUGUGAUUACAGGAGAUGGAUGUACUUCUUGUGACGAUGGUUGUACCGGACCUCUACUGGAUGCCUUGGAUGAAAUGAGAGAUGAUGUGGAUGGUCUCAACACCUCAAGAUUUAUCCCUCCUCCAUGGCCAAUCCUCAUGCGACUUACAGAUGAGAGAAACCAACUCCAGGAUCAGGUGGACUCAUAUAAUCGAGCUGUGGUCGCUGCCAAUGAAUUGAUUGCUUCACUCCCAAAUGGUACCAAUGAUCUUAGUGCUCAAACAAGAAGGCUGAGGCGAAAACUUGAUAGAUACACAGGAGGGAUUGAGUUGGUUGCAAGGAAUGCCUCGGAUGUCAACCUCAGAGCCAGACUCUUAAAUGAACAAGUCAACGCAACAUACAAACUCAUUAAUGAAACGGUUGCAAUGUUCAAGGACCAGUUCUUGAACCAAGGUCUUUUACCUGCCAGAGAGAAUGCACAGUUGAUCAACAGAGCCAUGAGAAUCCUUGAGGAAUUGAGGGACAGGUCUUUUAUAGAGAUGCAGGUUGCUGCAAUAGAAGAGAGGCGACUGGCUAGGUUGAGUCUCAACAAGACCAGUAAUGGCUAUGCCGAAAUGCUUCGAGAUCUUUACGCCAAGAUCGCACAAGGCAAGGAGGAUCUGAAUGAUUUCAUUCUCAAGCUGGAUGAACUACUUAUCAGGUGCAGAAUGGCUGAUAGGACGACCACAGAGGCCUUUGAAUUCAUUGAAAGUGCAAAUGAUUCUUCUAAUACCCUUCAGAACAUCACUGAUAUAAUCAGGGAGAAGAAGAGGCAGAGUGAGGAUGAUAUCCAGGAAGCAGAGCGUCUCUUACUGGCUGCUGAGGAUCUUCUUAGAAUGGUCAACAGCAGCUUCCAGAUGUCUGAUGCUGACCACAUGAAUCUGAGUGUACUUCUACCUGAUCUUGUACUUCGAGCUGAUCAGAGUGACCUUGAUCUGAUGGAGCUUGGUGAAGAGGCAGAUGCUGCAACAGAACAUGCUAUAGAACUCCACAAUAGAUCAGCGCUCCUUGAAAACCUUCUUCUACCAACUCAGCAACAUGCUCAACAGUCUCUUGAAGCUGAAAGGGCAUACUCUGACAUGGUGACGGCCAUCAAUGAGGCCCAUAAUGCAUCACUGCAAGCCAAGAUGAUGGCAGAUAAAGCAUAUGAAAAGACUUAUGGUAACAGUUCUCAGUCACUCGGCCAACAAGCCAGAGAGCUCAGAGACACUGGUUUCAAUCAACUCCAACAGACUUCAUUUCUAGAGAUCAACCUUCAGAAUUUGACCUCUGACCUGGCUGACCUGAAAGGUCAGAUAUCAGAGGUCAAUGCUUUGCAAGAGAAGGCAAGCCAAGGAAUAGAAGAGAUAAAACUAUCUUUGCCCUCACUGGAAGGAGAUGUAACAGGUGAUGCUCAGGGAUCCAUCAACAGUUCUGCACGGGCAGUAAACCUAGCAAAGCAGGCAACUGACAAGUCAGCGGGGAUCAUAGAGCGAUCUGCAGUACUAAAGGAAAAGCUGAAUGGUAUCGGUGCAAAGUACCAGGCCUAUAUCAAUGCUACUGAUGACAUUGCCAACUCAGUGGAGACAUCAGCAAGAAUAGCAGAUGAGAUGGGUAUGAAGAUGGACUCAAUGCGCAAACAAGCUCUUCAUAUUGACCGACAGAGGGCGCCGAUGGAACUUAACCUUAGCCAGCUUAGGGACAAGAUUAGACACGCUAGGACUGAAGCAUCAAGGAUCAAUGUCGCUCUGCUUUGCCGAGGGGACUGUGCACGCAGCUAUAAACCUCAAGCCUCAAGCACCGCCUUCAAUGCUUUGGUGCUCAACAUCAAUAUCUCAUCUCCAAACAACAUGAUCUUCUAUGUUGGCAACAAUAUUAGUGGUGACUAUCUUGCAGUGGAAACGAUUGAGGGUCAAGUGAGGCUAAGCUGGGAUUUAGGAUCAGGGAGGGGUGAAGUUGUGCACCCAUCCAAUCUCUCAGCUAAUCAAGACUGGUAUAAAGUCAAUAUAGAAAGAUUUGCGAACACUGCCUCUCUUAGAGUGGAAGAUUCCAACCAAGCCAAAACCUCCAAUGGUAGCACAGUGACAGGGUUUUCACCAGAAGGUAGGAAUGUUCUUGAUGUUGGGGAAGACAGCAAUCUAUUUAUCGGUGGCAUCCCAUCCAACUUUAAUAUUCCUGUGUUGUCAACCAGGUCAUUUAAUGGGACCUUAGGAGAUGUCAUAUUUGACGAUGUCACUAUCGGUCUCUGGAACUUCAAGACCUCAGAGGGACCAGGAGAGGGAAGUUUCAGAAGCCCAAUUGCAACGAGUACUCCAGAACCAGGAGCCUACUUUGACGGCACAGGCUAUGCAAAACUCCGGCAGCCACCCCUCUGGGAUGAAUAUAUCAAUUCACUUAACUUCGACAUCAAGACCUUGUCGGAGAAUGGCUUGCUCUUCUAUAGUUCAUCAGAAGACCAGAGUUCCUUCUUAUCGAUUGAAAUGGAGGCUGGACGUCUGGCCAUCAAACAUGAUCUUGGAGAUGGUGUCGGUAUCCUAGUGUCUCAAAGCAAGAUCAAUACCGGAGAGUGGCAUGCAGUCAGUAUCAAUAGGGUCAGGCAAAAGAACAACCUUUUCAUUAACGGUAACAAUGAGGGCAUGGUCAAGUCACCGGGGUCAGAAGUCAAUCUUCAGGUCACAGGGGUCAACUUUGUCUAUGUUGGAGGAGUUCCAUCAGAUUUCACAAUAUUUCGCAAUGUCACCAACCAGAAAUUCCGUGGAUGCCUUCGUAAGUUCUUCCUCUUCCGGUCUGCUUACCAGUUGGUCAGUCCUGGGAGCUCGUUUGGGGUCACUCAUGGCUGCUCUGAUCAAACACAACGAAGUGUAGGAUUUUCUGGUUAUGGCUAUGUGACAUUCCCACCCAUCCCACUGUCAAGGGAGUCAGGUAUCACCGUGACCUUUACCACCCUCAUGCCGAACACUACCAUUCUAGCAGCGGGGGAGGUUCAGGGAAGGAAACGGAGGGACGUUGAUCCAGACGCAACUGACAUCUCUUAUGCUAUCGGGCUUAUGAAUGGACGUGUCAUCGUUCAGAUCAACAAUGGUCAAGGAAGAUUAACCCUUAGAUCAAAGAGAGGUGAUAGUCCUUACAAUGACGGUGUUGCUCACAAUGUUGUCCUGGUAAAAAAUGAUAAGAGGGUAAAUCUAAUUGUGGAUGAUCGUCGCGUUGAUACCGGCCGCUUAUCUGGUACUGAGCUCUAUAUCAAUGCCAUGUCUCCCUUCUAUAUUGGCUCAUCAGGAAAUCUUACCCUCAGUCCCGAGUUCUCUUCCUUGCCAAGUUUCUCAGGGUGUAUUGAAAAUCUUAUUGUCAUGAAAGAAUUGCUUGGAUUUGAGAAGGCAGCCAGCUUUGAAAAUGUGACCAUUGGAAAAUGUGGACCUCUAACUAUACCUCAGCCCCUGUUGCCUGCCACACCCAUCCCUCCAGAAGAGCUAGAAACCCUAUGCUAUAAUCCUGGAACACCUUCAAUGGCCAACACAGCUGGAAGGUUUGGGAGCGUUCCAGGCAGUCAUUUGGCCUUCCAAAUCAACCCUCAAGAAGUUGCAAAAGUGUGAGUCUAUAAGUUGAAUAUUAUUUCUGCGUUAGCG